UUGUACCACAUCCUCCCCCAGGCUCGUCAUGUCUCGAGUCUCACUGUACUUGUUCCUCUUUCUCUUUCUUGGGGUCACGCACGCGGCAUCCUGGGAGUACGUUGAUUGCGGCAGCUCGGGUGCUAUCCAACUGGAGUCGUUGGAACUCUUCCCCGACCCACCCCUUCCUGGACAAGACCUCACGGUCAAGGCGUCCGCAUAUGUUACGGAGCCAAUAACGGAUGGUGCCUCUGCAGAUGUAACGGUCAAGCUUGGUCGGAUCAAGCUGCUGCAAAAAACCUUUGACGUCUGCGAGGAGGCACGGAGCAACAACAUGACGAUCAACUGCCCCGUCGAGACAGGAUUCCAUGUUCUGGAGCAAACCGUGGCUUUGCCGAAGGAGAUCCCUCAAACCAAAUUUACUAUCGCCGUCCGUGGAUUCACCGAGGCUGGCAAAGAUAUGUUGUGUCUGGAUCUCAAGCUCGACUUCAUGAAGCCUCUCUCUGCCAUCUUUGGAUCUCCAUUUUAACCUGUUAUUCAUCGCUUGUGACAAGGACUGUACAAUCUCUACCGACAUCUCUAUAAUUGUUCGACCCGAGCCCCUGUAAGUAUCGUGAAGUGGGACAAAAAGAGCAGGGAGCGUGUUUAGCUCUUUUUGGCGACCUGGCGUAGGGCAGGAUAAUUCGUCUCAUCGGACAUGAGCUUACUUCCAGUACUUACUUACCAUGCGGCCAUUGUUCGAACCGUGGUCGAGACAUGCCUUGUACGCAGCAUUGCGCGUGGGUAUUCAAAAGACGUUGUCCGGUUCUCAGUUUGGAGAAGACAAUUAGAACAAUAGGCGAGAUUUGGACGGUUAAAGGCAGCCGCCAUGACUCUUGACAAUGAAAUCGCUCCCCCUCUCCCAUGCCUGUGACCACCGUCGCAUACGAGAUCCUGUUCGAGUUGCUAAACGACACCCCGGACGCACUACGCUUGACCGGACCGGCGGGCUCUAGUUUACGAUUAGAACACGGGCAAGACGUCGCUCUGGUCCUCACGGCUGGCCUAACAUACCAGUAUACAAUGAAGCAGCUGUCCGCUUCACCCAUGCCUAGGAAGGCACAGCUAUCAGUCCGCGCCUGGGACGACGUCCGAUGUCAGGCAACCAGCCUCUUCUCGGGGACAACAACAACCGUAACAAUAACCAAUCGAAGCUGACCACUUUUGGGUUUUAUCUGAGAUAUCUCGUCCGCAAAUCGUGUAUUUAUAGUUGCAUAUUUGAUUCGUCGCGGUCAUCGCGCAUCUUGAACUUUGGCGGCAUUCCUGUAUUCCAGACCGUUUCGUUGCGGUAGAAGGCCAGGCCGUCAUUGGGACUGGCGCCGUCGAUGAGAGCAUCAGCAUAUUUGAUCGCUCGGUUUCCACCAUCCUCAGUCAGCCCCAGUGCACCGAAUUGCCACGGCAUGAUCCCUCUGCGGUGUAAUCAGCAGUGCAAUUGACGACAAGAAAACUAAACGCACCCGUGCUUAGAGUCCAGGGCGUACUUCACCCACGUGGGAUAGAUCGUCGUUUUAUUCUCGAGUCCCAGCAGACCAAACUCUUCCAGAACCAAGGGCUUUCCAGCCUUUUUCGCCGCUGUGGACGAUGUGAAUGAAACCCUCACUUUGACAUUCAGCACCAAAGCCUACCAUUCACGUGAGACUCCAUCCAAAACAAGCCCCAAGAUUCUACUGUGAAGUUGGAGCCAGGGUGAUCCUGAUCGAGGUGAGCAGACGACGAGAAUAGGCAGUAGCACUUGCAAGGUUGGGAUACCACGUCUGAGGAUACAUAUGCUAUCGAAGGGGCUCGAUUUCAGAGAGCAACGCGCAGCAGUUUAUCACUCACGUAAGUUGCGAAAUCGACGUUGGGCAGUGUCAGAUCCAAGUCGAAAUCUUCCCCUGCUUGCCCGUUGAAGUUGUAGUCAGACGCAUACUGAGGAUCUUUCCAGUAAAAGUGGCCCUCGCCGCCAGUGGUGAUAAGAUGAUGCGGGUCCCUGUACCAGGCCUCAGUGUGUUAAAAUCCCAAAAAGUUGGCCUUCACGAACAAGCUGCGGAUAUAAUCAGACUGCGACCUGUACCAUUUCGCCAGCGUGCCGGUAAUUGCCGAACAGUUUGGGCUCGCGGGCAGAUCUCCGAGACAGCGGGCCUCGUUCUACAAUGCCGGUUUAGAAAGCAUACACAGAAAUGAGCUAAACGAGCCAUACCAUCAUUUCCCAUGCAAAGAUCGCCGGGGAGCUUUUAUAGCGGUUGACGAUGGUCUUAACAUACAACUCUGGAAGUAAAUUAGAUAAUUG